AUGUCCCCCACUACCAACUCGGAAUCGAGAGCGAACGGUAAAGCAUCCAUCGAAAAACCAGAGGAUUCAGCCUCAGUUUCUCUCAAGGAACAUACCCACAAUCCCAAGACUGGCGUUGAGAACUUGAACGCCAAGCUCGCCAAUCCUCUUGCCGGUAUCGCCCAUGAAGACCUUGUCGAGCAAGCCAAGCUCUUCGCAGACAGGUUCGAUCUUCAAGAUCUCACCCUGGAACUUCAAAAGGGUGCCUUGGUCGCUCAAGAUCCAGCUGCUUUCGAGGAUAUAGCGUUAUUGGACGAGGAAGACAAGGCUGCCUUGCGUCUGGAGUUGACUCAUAGAUGGUCACAUCCAAAGACGUUGUACUAUUUGGUCAUUCUGUGCUCCAUAGCUGCUUGUGUUCAGGGUAUGGACGAAGCAGUUAUCAACGGAGCCAACAUUUUCUUUGCCAGUCAGUUUGGUAUUGAUCCCAACGAGUCCAGUCGCAAUCAAUGGAUAUUCGGUCUUGUUAACUCAGCACCUUAUUUGUGCUGUGCAGUCUUGGGUUGUUGGCUCGCAGACCCGCUCAACCGUUUCUUCGGCCGCCGAGGCACAAUUUUUAUCACCGCUCUGGUCUCGUUUAUAACAUGUAUAUGGCAAGGUCUUACCAACACUUGGUGGCAUCUUUUCAUUGCUCGUUUCGUUCUUGGCAUCGGUAUUGGUCCUAAGAGUGCCACAGUCCCAGUUUACGCUGCAGAAUGUGCGCCUCCAACAAUUCGAGGUGCUUUGGUCAUGAUGUGGCAGACGUGGACCGCUUUCGGUAUCAUGCUUGGUACCGCAAUCGACCUGGCAUUUUUCAGAAUCCCUGAUCAGAGCGGUAUCCAUGGAUUGAACUGGCGUCUGAUGCUAGGUAGUGCCGGUAUACCCGCGCUUCUCCUGGCUCUCCAAGUCUUUUUCUGCCCCGAAUCUCCUCGUUGGUAUAUGCUCAAGGGGCGCUACCGCGAGGCCUUCAAUUCUCUUGCUCGUCUCAGACACACCAAGCUACAAGCCGCUCGCGACAUCUACUACAUCCACGUCCUUUUAGAAGCCGAAAAAGACAUCAACAUGCAUCGCCGGAACAGGCUCUUUGAACUCUUCACUGUCCCUCGUAACCGUCGGGCCACCACUGCUUCCUUCAUUGUCAUGUUCAUGCAACAGUUCUGUGGUAUCAAUGUGAUCGCUUACUAUUCUACGAACAUCUUCGUUCAGGCCAAAUUCACUGAAUUGCAAGCUUUGGUUGCAUCUUGGGGAUUCGGUAUGAUCAACUGGCUCUUCGCCAUUCCAGCCAUCUACACCAUCGAUACCUUUGGUCGUCGCAACUUGUUGCUAACUACCUUUCCACUUAUGGCCAUUUUCUUGCUCAUGACUGGUUUCGCCUUCUGGAUCCCCUUCGACCCAAAUAACCCUCAUGGCGCACGCAUUGCCGUUGUCGCCCUCGGUAUUUACCUAUUCGCAAUGGCUUACUCCCCAGGAGAAGGUCCUGUACCAUUUACGUACUCUGCCGAAGCGUUCCCUCUAUAUGUUCGUGACAUUGGAAUGUCCUUUGCUACGGCUAUCCUUUGGUUCUUCAACUUCAUUUUGGCACUCACCUGGCCGCGAUUACAGGGUGCAUUCAAGCCCCAAGGUGCAUUUGGUUGGUAUGCCGCAUGGAACGUCAUCGGUUUCAUAGCGGUUCUAUUUUUUGUUCCCGAAACGAAAGCGCUAUCGCUCGAAGAGUUGGACCAAGUCUUCAGCGUUCCGACACACACGCAUGCUGCGUAUCAACUAAAGGCACUGCCUCAUAAUAUCAAGAAAUAUAUCUUCAGGAUGAAGGUCAAAGAUCUACCCCCGUUGUAUGAACACGAAGGAUCUGUAGGGACAAAAACAUAUGCUCCUGGUGGUGUGGGCCAUGCUUGA